UUUUUUUUUAAUUCUUUUUUAUUUUUAUUUUUAUUAUUAUUAUUAUUAUUCAAGACUACUCUAUCUAUUCAUAUUAUCAUGUUUAUUGUCAAUUGGUUUUAUGAUGUCUUAUCUUCUUUAGGUUUAUUGAAUAAGAAUGCCAAAAUUCUCUUUUUGGGUCUCGACAAUGCUGGUAAAACUACUUUACUUCAUAUGUUGAAGAACGACCGUUUAGCUACUUUGCAACCUACUCUUCAUCCUACCUCUGAAGAAUUAGCUAUUGGUAACGUUAAAUUUACAACUUACGAUUUGGGUGGGCAUUUACAGGCUCGUAGAUUGUGGAGAGAUUACUUCCCCGAAGUCUCUGGUAUUGUAUUCUUGGUGGAUGCUGCUGAUCAUUCUCGUUUCCUUGAAGCAAAAGCUGAAUUAGAUGCUCUUCUUGCUAUUGAACAACUUACUAGUGUACCAUUCCUUAUUCUUGGUAACAAAAUUGAUGCUCCUGGUGCUGUCAGUGAAGAAGGCAUUCGACAACAACUUGGUUUAUUCCAAACUACUGGAAAGGGUAAAGUGCCAUUGAAGGAUAUUCGACCUAUUGAAGUAUUUAUGUGCUCUGUGGUGAUGAGACAAGGUUAUGGUGAUGGUUUCCGCUGGUUAUCCCAAUACGUUUAGACAACAUUCAUCAUAUCCGUCCAUAUUCUUUUUUUUUCACCAUAAUUUUGAUAGUUUAGUCUCCUUAUCACCCACUUGUUUCUUUUUUUUUUUAUAUUUCCACCUCACUAUUUUCAUUCUUUUUUUAUAUAUAUACAAAGCACAGCAC